UGGAGGAAAAGAGAGAAAGAAAGAAACAGAUAGAUUGAGAUUUCAUGUGAAACGAGGAAGCAACGAGUGUUCAAAGCGACCCUUGAAAGGUUUCCAUUUGAAUAUAUAUAAACAAAGUGCAUUGAAAGGGCAACCAAACAAAUGUCAACCAAUGUUUUCCAGUAAACAACCAAAUCGAGACCAAAAACAGGAUAAAGUGAAGUAAAAAAGUAAAAAUCAAAGAACGAAGUGAAGAAAAGAAAUGAGAUGAAAUACGAAGAAAACAAAACUCCAUUCAAUGAAUCAACAAUGAUGAACAAAUAGUCAAUCAAUGGACAACUGAUGAAUCAACAAAACAAAACAAAUAUUGUGUCCAAAUUGAUCAACGUGACAAGGUAACCUUUUUCAACAACAACUCUAUGGACCACUUUCAUUAUACGCAAUUACAAUCCCAACAAUAAUCAGAAAAAUUCAACAAAUUUCCAUGAAUGUAUCAUUACCAUUACCACCAGUUUCACCAACAUUAUCAUCACACAUUAACAUCAAAAUUUGGGUUCCACUCGCCUCAUCAAGCAACACCAACCCAAGGAUAAUCACAUCGUAGUUCACCUGCAAGAGUCAAACAUAGUCAAACCUGACAGUGAACAUCAACCCAACUCCAAGCGCUUUCCUCGUUCCAACAAGGUCAUGGCUGACCCCGUCUUGGGAUAUGAUGAUGAGGAAUUGGUUGUUGUUGUUGUUGAUGAACGCAAUUGGAAAGGCAUUGGUAUAUCAUUGGUAGUGAUUGUAACAAUAUUUUCCUUCAUUGGACUCGCCAUUUUCAUUUUAACUCCAAAGACUAGUGAUGAAGAUUGGGGUCGAUUCCGGAUAAACCUGACAGACCUGAUAGGUCCGCAUCUAAAGCCUAAUCAUGUAAAAUGUUCAUGGAUAACAGCCAGUGAAUUAAUUUAUCAAGACUCUGAAGGUUCCAUUGUGAUUUAUGAUGCUUCUCAAAAUAUUUCAACUCUCACUUUAUUACCAAGCUCAAAGAUUAGUCAAUACAACGUCCAUAGAUUUAUAUUAUCACCUGAUCGAAGAUAUUUGCUUCUUGAAAUUGAUCAACCUGAGAUUAAUAAUUCUUCCAGCAAAGUAAAUUAUAAAAUUUACAAUAUAAAUUCAAAAAAGUUAAUACCUUUAGAGGAAAUCAUUCAACCCUUUAUUCAAAGUAAACCUUUGAUAAUUCAGUAUGCAAGUUGGUCAAAAAUUGGAAACGCAUAUGUUUUCAUCUACAACAAUGAUAUAUAUUACUGCCCGUCUAUUGAUAAAGAGCCUGUACGUUUAACUCAAACUGGAAGUAAACUUGCCAUCUACAAUGGUUUACCUGAUUGGUUUUACAAAGAGUUUUUAGGUUUAACUGAGGCUUUUUGGUUAUCUAAAGAUGGUAACUCGUUGAUCUAUGCAACUUUCAAUGAUACCUUAGUUGAUCUCAGUCCAAUUAAUAUUUACGGUAAUCUUUAUGAAUCUAAAAGUGAAUUAGAUUCGCCACCGCAAGUGAUUUAUCAAAGAUAUCCAAAGGCUGGUCGAGCAAUACCAACGGUUACUCUUUGGUUUACCAAGUUUAACGAUCCAAACCGCUCACUUCGAAAACUAAACGAACCAAACGAACUGGUUGGUAAAGAUAAAUAUUUAACUUACGUUGCUUGGAGUGACCCGUCAACCGUGAUCGUUGUUUGGACCUUUCGAAGUCAAAAUUAUUCCCUGUUAGUCAAUUGUUCAGCUAACGAUAACUGGUCCUGUCGACGGUCCAACGUUAUCAGUGACAGUAUUAAUAAAGUUAAAUAUCUCGGUCAAUCAAUAUUAACUCGUGACAAUCCAUCCAAACAUUUCAUCAUUACUCCCAAGCCUGACCUCAAGGUUGGACAAUAUCAUCAUAUAGCUCAUUUUAAUCCUCAAGAUAAAUAUUUUAAUUUGGUGGGAAACUUUUUAACCCAUGGACGUUAUGAUGUCAAGAGAUUGCUUUCUUACCAAACAACUGAAGAUGUAAUUUACUUUGAAGCAACUGGAAUUGAUAAACCGGCUCAAAGUCAUCUUUACUCGUUGAGCUUAGCCAAUGGUACAACAGGGUUACCCCAUUGUAUUACUUGUAACCUAACCUCCAGAUGCGGUUAUUAUGAAGCUUAUUUUAGCCCAACAACAGAAUAUUAUAUUUUAAGGUGCCUCGGACCAAGAAAAGUAUUUACUUCAAUUUAUUCAACAGUUAAUCACACUCAUGUUUGGACAAUUGCAGAUAAUAAACAAUUUGAAGAGAUUUUAAUGGACAAACGAAUGCCUAGUGAAAUGUACUUAACACUUCCAAUUGACAAUGAUUCAAGAAGAUUGAACAUUAAAGUUCUUGUUCCACCUCCAAGGAAACAUUUGGAAGUUUUAAAUGAAGAAGAAGAGGAAGCAAUUCGCUAUCCUUUAGUCAUAGAAUCAUUUCCAAUGGUUGACCUUAUUUUAAGUGAAAAAUUUAACCUCAAUUGGGGCCAUUAUCUGUCAAGUUCAAAGGAAUAUGUUUAUGUUCAAUUAGAGUUACAUGAGAUUAAUCCAAAGGAAACUUCGCGUGACUAUCGCUGGUCAAAAGUCAAUUACGAUCAUCAAUUGGCUAUCAUUGAUCUAAUUGAUUCGCUUUUGGGUAACAUUGAUCGAAGCAGAGUGGCUCUUUGGGGCUCAGCCAGUUCAGCCUUUACUGCACUAGAGACAAUCUCACAGGACAAGAAUGGUUUAAUUGGUUGUACCAUUGGUCAGUCACCCAUUGUGGAUUGGAGACUAAUGGAUGCUCUUUCAGCUGAAUACUUAUUUGGUAAUCCAAGUGCUCAUCAAUACAAUUCAAAUUAUGAUCUGAAUAAUUUAUUUCUCAAAACUGAUGAAUUGGUUAACAAGCGAUUCCUCAUUGCUCAUGGAACUGCAAAUGAGUUUGUUCAUAUUCAACAUACAAUGUUGCUGACCAAAUCGUUGAUUAAGGAAGUCUCCAAAGGAACCAUUAAUUAUCAGAUUCAAGUUUAUCCUGAUGAUGAUCAUAAACUGUCACAAUCAAAGUUACACUUUUACUUGUUGGUUGAAACUUAUCUUCAAAAAUGUUUCACAGCCGUUCAAAUGGUUCAGCAAAGUUGACAACAAUAAUGUGUUACAACCAUUCACGAUCAAAAUACAUUCUCAUAAUUAUAGCUACUUAUUGCCAUGUAUUGCUAUUAAGUUAUUGUUAUUGUAAUAUUAUUGUUUCUUUUACAUUAAAAGUGCUUCACCUGUAACAUUCAAUUGUCAUCUGUCACUGUAAAUAAGUAAAUUGUUGAAGCUUUCAA